AUGAAAAAAGUGAAAUUCAAUCAUGAUUUACUGGCGGCGGAAGUUGGUAAUCGGGGUGAGUUACUCAUCCCGUUGCUACCAGAACAUGAGGACAGCGGCAUUGAUAGUGAUGAUACGGAACGUGCGCGAGCGCAGCGACUGGAUGAUCUUGUCCAAUUAACAGAAACUAGCAGCAGUGACGAAGAACCAGUGAUAAAAGUGCCAUUGGUGCGAUGCGCAAAGAGAAAGUUUGACGAGGAGUUGAAAGAGAUGGAAGAAGAUAGGCUCGACUGUGAAAUUUUGAUACCAAUGAUCCCAUGGCAACGCGCGCGUGAAACGGAUGGCACACAACCUUUCCUAUCAGGCAGUCCUGACAGAUCUUCUCCGCCACUAUACGAAGUCGAGCUGACGGCCUCUGAUGAAGAUGAUGACGCAUCAGUUCUUGAACUCGUCAUACCUGUUCAAUCUGCCAGUAUCAGAUCGAUUCGACUGCUACCUGAGGGCGCGAACAGAGAGUGUUUUAUACUAAAAAAACCAUAUACAUACGAAGCCUUCAAACUAAGUAAUGCGGACUGGCUAGUUAUAGUGUACAUUCGGAUAGAAAUCGGUAAAGUGUGCCCGGUCGGCAAGAUUGAGGUGGUGGCCGGGUGCGGGUGGGGUAGGCGCGCGCGCGUGCGGCCUUUGCACGCGCUGAGCCGCGCGGCCGGCAUGCUGGCGUCGCAGCGCUCGCAGUCGUGCAACGAGGAGGGCGCGUUCUUCGGCGCGCGCGCACUACGCCGGCCGCGCGGCAAGGGCAGUGGCAGCCCGCCCUGC